CAUAGUUAACCAAGCUCAGUUUGUUACACGGCCUCACUCUUGUCACACGGAACGGAACGCAAUUUACAUAACAUUUGGCCGCGACCUUGGAUUUCGUUUAAAAAUGGCAACUGUUCCAUUAAUGAAAUUUGAAAAUGGAAACACAUGUCCUGUAAUCGGAUUGGGCACAUGGAAGUCGAAGCCUGGUGAGGUGGUCCAAGCUGUGAAGGACGCAAUCGAUGUGGGUUACCGGCACAUCGACUGCGCUCACGUGUAUGGCAAUGAGAAAGAAGUUGGCGAAGGAUUGAAGGCAAAGUUUGACGAGGGCGUCGUGAAAAGGGAAGACGUCUUCAUAACCUCAAAGCUAUGGUGCACGUACCACCGACCAGACCUGGUGGAAGGAGCCGUCAAGGUGACACUGCAGAACUUGGGUUUGGACUACCUGGACUUAUACCUAAUUCACUGGCCGCAGGCGUUCCAGGAAGGCGAGGACCUGUUCCCAAAAGACGAGAAUGACAAAUUCAUCCCGUCGGCGGUUGACUAUGUUGACACCUGGGCCGCCAUGGAAGCCCUGGUGGAGAAGGGGCUGGUGAAGAGCAUCGGUGUCUCCAACUUCAACAAGAGACAACUGGAGAGAGUACUGCAAGCCGCUAAGUUCAAGCCUGCAGUGCAACAGAUCGAAGUCCACCCGUACUUGAACCAGCAGAAGAUGUUCGACUUCUGCCGCAGCCAGGGCAUCAUAGUGACGGCGUACUCCCCCCUCGGCUCCCCUGACAGACCCUGGGCGAAGCCCGGUGACCCCCAACUAAUGCAGGACCCCAAACUGACACCCAUUGCAGAAAAGUAUGGAAAGAGCGUUCCACAAGUCCUUAUCAGAUACGCAAUCGACCGCGGCAUGAUCGUAAUCCCAAAAUCCGUUAAUAAGACGAGAAUCGCUCAGAACUUCGAUGUAUUCAACUUUACCCUGACACCUGAGGACAUUGUCCAGAUCGCCAGCUUGGAGUGCAACGGACGACUGUGCAGUAUGGGAGACCUCUACCAUCCGGACUACCCAUUCCAUGAAGAUUACUAAGCAUAAUUUGUUUUAAAUUAAAUUUAUUAACCUUAUAUCACAUACUUACACAUAAAAAAUAUCGAAUGAAUGCACACCACAGCUACAUAUAAAUAAACAUAAUUCCGCCAUUGUAUGCCCUCUUUUGCUAUUUCUGUGUGCAAACUAAUAAAUAUAAGUAAUUAA